AUGCCUCCAAGGUCGUCGCCGUCCAGCUCAAAGCCAAGAACUUGCACAGUCUGCGGCGAUCAUCUCACAACGUCGCAAGUCAGUGUUAUCGAAGACUCACUAGUCUGCACCGCCUGCGUCCAGGAACUCUUCGAACUCUCGCUUGCGAACGAAAACAACUUUCCACCCCACUGGGGUAAGGCUGUCCUCAAUCCAAAGAAUUUCAAGCAAAUUCUCGAUCCGGCAUUCUUCAAGAAAUACGCAUGUCUGGAGAAUUUCGAUCUGGGCGAGGAUACUGAAGGUGAGACGGAGGGCGGGCCUUUAGAGAUUGACCAUGUCUGUUCGAAAGAGCAGGGGAAGCUCGAUCCGUUUGAGGGAUUGAGGAGUGGGAAGGACUACCAGAUCUGCCCGAACGAGGGCUGUCGACGGCCAGCGGAGUUGGCUGCUGGGUGCAACCACAUCGCAUGCCCAUGCGGCACGAACUACUGUUUCAUAUGUGCCAAACCAGCGGAAGAGCUCUCCGACCACUGGAAACUCGGAGGAUGUCCGCGGUAUGGGCAGCCUGGCAGCUCCAGUGCGUUGUACAAUGACGACAUCCGCCUUGCCAACGAUGAUGACGAGUCGGAUGUUGAGAAUGAGGAUCUUUGGCGCUGGCAGAUGCAGACUUUGCUGGAGCAGCAGGGGCUCCAGGAGCCGGAGCCGGAGCAGGCGGGUAAUCGCUCGAGGGAUGAUCGCGACAGCGAGCCUCAUCGGACCUCAGCACGGAGGACGAACUCGAGAUUGCGGGAACCUGGCGGGCAUAGGAGGAUCGACCAUCGUGCACCCAUGAGCGACCACGACUUGGGGAACCACACUGAGGUUACUGGUGACCAAAGCGUGGACUACGACAAAUAG